UGUCAACAGAAUUGUGAGAUGGAAUAUGACACAUGAGUAAAUGGAAUAACACAACAAAAUUAAAUUAAUUUUAAAAUAAUUAAUUAAAAGAUUAAUGUAUAAUUUAAAAACACAGAACAGCGCCAUUAAUGGGCUAGAAUAAUGAUUUUAAUUACAUUUAAUUAAUAUAAUUGAUUUACUUGGAUGUAUCAAUUAACAGAUUUACUAUUUAAACCCCGUAAAAGUCUAUAUUUAUUCCAGGUUCUGUAGAUUACCAGAAUGUAAUACCUUUUUAUAUACAGUAUAUGUGUAAUACCGUAAUACCCAAGAAAUUUAAUUUAGAUGUCUUCUUUACUUUUGAUGCACAAAUAAAUUAAUAACAACUCUAACAUUUCCUACAGUGUAACAUUUUACAAAAUGCAAAACUGUUAAUUAUUAAUUUCUUUGGCAGUGGUUUAUAGGGUUUACAUGAUUUAUUACAAUUUUAGUUUCUCCACAUGCCACGGGGCGUCACAGCCACCAUAUCCACGCCCAUGUCACGUGCUGAUGCGCGGUGAGCCAAUCCGGAGCGAGGACGGGAAACAGCUGACGGAGAGCAACAACACAUAGCGACGUCUUUUCCUGCAGGUGGUGUGUAGUAGACUCCUGCACGUAGCUCACAAACUCUUUGGACCCCUCGGUGUUUAGCAAUGCAAGGUUAAUGCACUUUGUUUAACCAGAGCCUUCUGUAAAAAAAAAAAAAAAAAAAAAGUAAAAAAAUAAAGAUAGAAAGAGGGACUUGGUGCGAGCUUUCCAGUGAGGAGGAGACCCCGGAGCUCGUCGUCCAUCCCAAACCAGCCGCACAAUGGCACCGUCCCUCAUCGGAGCUUGCCGCAGUCUGGCUCUCUCGACGUGGCUGCUGUCGUUUUGUUUCGUCCACCUGCUGUGCCUGGACUUCACGGUUGCAGAGAAAGAGGAAUGGUACACGGCGUUCGUCAACAUCACCUAUCUGGACCCCGUCACAUCGGAGGUCAAGACAGAGAAAACCGAGUGCGGUCGGUAUGGCGAGCACUCGCCGAAGAAAGAAGCCAGAGGUCUGGUCCUGGUGCCGUCGUCCCUGCAGGACAGACAGGCGUGCGACCCAAACGUCAGGUUCCCUCCCGUCUUUCACAACACCGCCUGGGUGGCGUUGGUGGCUGCGGGGAAUUGCACAUACCGAGAGAAAAUCCGUAACGUUGCCAACCUCAACGCCUCUGCAGUUGUCAUAUACAAUGUGGGCUCCAGCAGUGCCAACGACACCAUAACAAUGCCCCAUCCAGAAAUCCUGUCCUGUAAACGCGGUCUUCCUCCUGGACUUAUUUCGGGUGCAGGUGUUGAAAGAUGCUCUGUGACUGUAAUGCAAAAGUCUUCAUCGUGCACAACAUGCAAAGCAACAGAAGGUACAGGCGAUGUUGUGGCCAUUAUGAUCCCAGAGCCUAAAGGUCGUGAGAUUGUGGCGUUGCUGGAGCAACACAUCAACAUCAUGUUAUACAUCACCAUAGGAACCCGCAACCUGCAGAAGUACGUGAGCAGAACAUCGGUAGUGUUUGUCUCCAUCUCCUUCAUCGUUCUCAUGAUCAUCUCCCUCGCCUGGCUUGUCUUCUACUAUAUCCAGAGGUUCCGCUAUGCUAAUGCACGAGACCGCAACCAGAGACGUUUAGGAGAUGCUGCAAAAAAGGCCAUGAGUAAGCUGCAAGUACGCACCAUUAAGAAAGGAGACAAGGAGACUGAGUCAGACUUUGACAACUGUGCAGUUUGCAUUGAAGGUUAUAAGCCUAAUGAUGUCGUAAGGAUAUUACCAUGCAGACAUGUCUUCCAUAAGCACUGUGUAGACCCAUGGUUACAAGACCACCGGACGUGUCCCAUGUGUAAAAUGAACAUCCUUAAAGCUUUGGGAAUCCUACUGAACCCCGACUGUUCAGACGACAUUCCUCCAGACUACGAGACAUCUGUCGGAGGUCCACCCACAAACCCCAUCAGUGGGGCUAGUGAAAUCACAGUUAACGAAAGUUCGGUGGUUCUGGAUCCAGCCGGAAGAGUGAUUGACCUACAGCAGUUCCAUCCUAAUGCAGAGACAGACCCUCCGGCAGGGAAUGAGAGCCGCAUCAUCGCCAGCAGUGAGUACAGACAUCACACAUUUUUAACAGAGUGAACUGACAGUCAGUGAAAAAGGGAUGUUAACAUAAAACUAAGAUGGAUUAAUGCAGAUAAAGUUAUGACCAACUGCUCUUCAGUGUCUCUCUGUUCAUUUAUUUGUGUCUCCAUUAUUAAAUCCACAGCCUUUGACUGUUGCCUGAUUUUGGUGUCCUGUGCUUGAAAAUAGUUUGGGACAAUUCUGCAGAAAGAAACAGAUGAGACAAGAUUUUUUGUCCCCCAUCUCCCAGCUUUCUAACAGUAUGCUGAUUCUGGUUUUAUACCCCUUUCUUCAGUCUUAUCAUUUGAGGAUUGAAUAGUUUAUGAGGUCGAAAGCAGGCCACCAGCCACCUGGUCAAUAUUCCCUGGUUCAGAUCCUCCUGGGUAAUACAGGAGGGUAAGAAUAGCAUUCCCUUCCCAGAAACUCUCAACCUAACCCACAUACCCUCAAAUACUUGUUAUGUUAAAGUGUGUUGUACACACAGGAUUUUUAUAUUUUUAUUUUUUUAGAGAACAGAAAAAGAGUAGUUGUAACAUUUGGGCUCACAAGCAUUUGGGCUUGGAAGAAGAAAAAGCUCUCACUUUUACGCCAAAUCUGUAAAUCCAUGAAAAGUCAAAUUCAGGCCAUUUGUGGAUCGUAACCAAGUCUGGUCUGUUUAUUAAUUAAGCUUGAUGUAAACCUAGUGGUUUUAUUGUUGUUCCGGCUGUUUUUUGAUCACUCAGAUGCACACUGUAGGGUUUAUAUUCAAACUCUGCUUGAAGACCUGGAAAGAGCAGGGUGGAACGAUAAAGAACAGAUCAAUAAAGAGUAAACUGUGCCAAAGUCCUGCUGCUCAGCACGGCAGACCGGCUCCAACACUUUCUGCUUACUGGCACAAACAGUAUCCAUACUUACAGGGCCUGAUUUACUAAAGGUUUGCGUGAGUAAAAACGUGUGCAAACUGGAUAUCACCAGCAAAUUAACACCUGGGCUGAUGUACUAAUGGUGUGCACGCAGAAUGAAGUCUUUCAAAAGUGCAAGAUAGCGCCUGUUGUUCAUUUAGUACUUUUGCCUUAAUGAAUAUACAGUUUGGGGCUUUUCAAUUUUAUUGUGCAAAUUAGUGGGAGGGUAACAUGCAAAUACAU